AUGCUUGCUUUAUUCAAGGACUUGUGCUGCAUUUUUGAAAAAAUUGCAGAAAAAUCUGGCCGAUUGGAAAUACAACAGAUACUCUCCAACUAUUUAUCGACUCUAGACAAGAAUAACAUGGUAAUAGCCUUUUAUCUUUGUACUGGUACUGUAUAUCCCACAUACGAAAACAAAGAACUAAAUAUUGGCGAGGGAAUUCUUUACAAGGUUAUAGGUGACAUGACAGGCAGAAAUAUAAAAGCGUUGAAGGGGGAAUAUGCUGAGUGUGGUGACUUAGGACAGAUCGCAUGCAAGUACAAAAUUAACAAACUUGUUCAAAUGAAGAAAAAUUUUGAACUGUGCGAAAUAUAUGAUGGCCUAAGGAAAAUAGGUGAAAUUGAGGGAAAAGAUGCCAUAGUUAGGAAAAAGAAUGCUAUUUUAAAGAUUCUUUCGGUUAUGUCUACGAUAGAAAUCAGGUAUUUUGUGAGACUUUUAGAAGGCAAGCUAAAGAUCGGCCUGGCAAUACAGACUGUACUCAUAAGCAUUGGAAUGGUUUUUGAAAACAAGGAAGAUUCUCUGGACAUACUUAAAAGAGCUUACAAUCGGUGUGCGUCUGUCGAAAUCUUGUUAGAUAAAAUUCAUAAAGAUGGUAUACAAAGUUUAGAAUGUCUUGGAAUAGUGCCAUUAAUUCCGUUCCGAGCAAUGCUGUGCAAUCCGCUCAGUUCAUUUGCAGUUGGUUUUUCUGAUUUCAUAUGCGAAGUAAAAUACGACGGAGAGCGGAUACAGAUCCACAAAAAAGACGACCAAGUUAAAUUUUACUCGAGAAAUGGUGAAGAUAGUACUUUUAAGUACCCAGACUUGGCAAUGAUAGUUCGUGCGGAAAAAAACAAUUUUAUUUUGGAUGGUGAAGUUGUGGCAUACGACACAUCAACCGGCAAAAUUCUAUCUUUCCAGGUUCUUUCAACAAGAAAAAGAAAGGAUGUCGGUAAAGUUGAUGUUUUCAUCUGCGUAUUCGUGUUCGACAUACUGAGCAUCAAUGGUAAAUGUCUGCUGGACAGGACAUUGAGAGAACGAAGAGACGUUCUCAAAAAUAUGAUUAGAGAGCAAGAUGGCAUAAAAUAUGCGGAAUCGCUUGGAGAAAUGAAUAUUACUAAACCAUCAGGUGAUAUUAAUAAUAUUAAUGUUGUGCCUGAUGAUUUGAAUGGUGUUCAGGAAGAGCCCACAAGCAACAAAUUGGUUGAUAAAAGUGCCUUGCAAGUAGAAGACAAGAAUGGGCCAAAAAAUGAAGAAAAUACGGUGUUUACUGCAGAAAGUAUGCGUGAAAAUAGUAUCCAUGAAAAUAAACAUGAGCCAAAACGAAAAAUUGCUGAUUUAGAACAAUCAAAGAUAAAAAGCACAAAAAGAUCCAAAAUAGAUAUGACAGAGAAGUCACCAACCCAAAUACACAUCGAAGAAACGAUCGAAAAGGCCUUCAACGAAUCUCUCAACCAAAGACACGAGGGUCUUAUCAUCAAAAACUUAAACUCGUUGUAUGUUCCAAAUAAGAGAAGCAACGACUGGUUAAAACUUAAAAAAGACUACAUAAGCAUGGCUGAUACCGUUGAUUUGGUCGUUAUGGGCGCCUUUUACGGUAAGGGGAAGCGUACAGGUGUAUACGGUGGUUUUCUCAUGGGAUGCUAUAAUAAUGAGCGCGUUGAAGCUAUUUGCAAAUUAGGAACAGGAUUUGACGAGCAGACUUUGGGCAGCCUGAAGGAUAAGCUUAAUGUAAGCAAAAGCGUGCCGAAGCUUUAUAAAUACAGUGACUCAAGCACACCUGAUUUAUGGAUUGACCCGGAAUAUGUUUUUGAGGUUAACGCUGCAUCAAUAUCUAAUUCACCCUUGUACACGACGGGUCUCUCGUUGAGAUUUCCCAGGUUCAUAAAAAUUAGGGAAGACAAAAGGAUCGAAGAUGCAACAACGCUUUCGUACAUAAAAUUGAUGACGAGAAAGGAAAAUCGUGAAUAAACGAUGAAGAUGUAACACCGUGAUGCAUUUUGUUAAAUGAAUUUUUUGC